AUGACUCCAGCACCACCACCAGACCGCAGGUCCAUUGUGGUAUCCGGACCAUCAGGCGUUGGGAAGGGAACAUUAAUCCAAAAACUAUUCGACGCGUACCCCGACACCUUUGCACUAAGUGUCUCCCACACAACGCGCCAGCCUCGUACCGGCGAGCGCGAAGGUAUAGACUACUUCUAUAUCUCUACGACUGAAUUCUCAACUCUCAUCUCCCAAGACUCAUUUGUGGAACAUGCAUAUUUCAGCGACAAUCACUACGGCACCAGCAAGCAGACAAUUGCCGACCAGAUGGUGAAGGGGUUAGUUGUUGUCCUAGAUAUUGAGAUGGACGGUGUCAGGCAGAUACAAGAGAAUUGCGCUCUUGAUGCGCGAUACGUCUUUGUCCAACCGCCCAGUGUAGAGGCUCUUGAGGCGCGCCUGAGGAGUCGCGGGACGGAGAAUGAAGAACAGAUUCAGAGAAGAUUGGCGCAGGCUAGGGUUGAGAUGGAGUUUGCGGAACAGGGUGUGCAUGAUAGAAUCAUCGUUAAUGAUGAUCUUGAGAGGGCGUAUCAGGAGCUGGAGGAGUUUGUAUAUCGGCCCACGUCGUAA